GAUUUAAAGUAGAAAUAGUACUGACUUUUAAAAAUGAAAUGUAGAAUUAACUUGUUCUGGACAAUGCUGCUGCCUUUUAAUCAAAUUUACAAUUUCAAAUAUACAACAUAUUUAAAAUUAAGAGUAUUUUGACUGGUUAGACUUGAAUCCCAAUCGUUCCGAUGGUUUUAUUUUGAAAAUCGGAUAUGUCACUACUGCUAGCUAGUCAACUUGAUACAUGUGCUAAAAAAACAUACAAAAUACACGUUUUGUGCUGUAAAGUUUAGCUACAAAUGGGCCGCUACAAAUGUGCGUACGAGUGUGAAAGUUCCGACGAUGCGGACGAGAAGUACUUCAAGUUCCCGCUGUGCAACGAGCGACGCCUGAAGAAAUGGCUGGCCAACAUGAAGUGGAAGGACUGGACUCCUUCUCGAUUCUCUGUCCUAUGUAGCAAACACUUUGAGGAGCAACAUCUUGACCGAAGUGGCAAGUGUGUCCAGCUUCGAGAAGAUGCAGUACCCACCAUAUUUCUGCCUCAAGACGAAGUCAGCAAAACCAAGACGACCAGCACUCCAAGAGGAAGAAGAAAAAAGCAAAUAAGCACCAGAGACCAGAGCUCGGCCACAGCUUCGAUGAUCAUGAACUACGAUGUUCUGGAUGAAGAAGAGUUGCCGGACAUGGAGCUAGGAGAGCAAGCGUGCAGCUGGAGGAUUAUCAUGGACAAAAGCCUUGUGAAGAUCACAUCCUUACCGCACUUCUUUCAUGGAGAUUACUGCGCUAAGCAGGAUGUUCAGUGGGCACCUGACACAGAUGUGGCGAUAACCUCCACCAAGAAGAUGGAUGGCCUAACCCCAGAAAAUGUGAUUGAGGUGACUUCAGCGUGGCAGUGGCUAGGCCUGGAUGUGCGUGGGCCUCUACCGACAACGCAAAAUGGUCACAAGUACGUGGUGACUCUGACCGACUAUUACUCAAAAUGGGUUGAGGCGGCGGCUGUGCCGUCUUUUCUAUCGGUGCACAUUGCCAAGCAUGUGGCUGAGGCCCUUGACCACUUCGGCUUACCAUUGAAGAUCCUCUCGAGGCUGCCGUGCGACAUCAUCGGCCAGAUCAAUCAGGAACUCGCCAAACAGCUUAUGACUGAAGACCUCGUGGUCCAGCAUCCGCACACAGGUGCUUUCGAUCUGAACACGCAGCACUUGCUUGACAGGAUGGUGGGUGACCUAGUGGAUGAGCAUGUGGCCGACUGGGAUGUGUUCCUUCCCGCUAAGGUGUUCGCUUUAUGCUUCCAAGAACAUUCCCACAGCAAGGAGAGGCCCUUUGCGCUACUCUGUUGCCGUGAAUCGGAACUUGUCCACCCCUCACCUGGACCACAUUACACAGACACACAGAUCCAAGAAAGUGCUCUCCUGGUGCAAUAUGGAGCCUCAACCCUCACCUGUAUUUAAGUUGUUUUGUCAUGUUUGAUUUUGUUUAAUGGUAAAAAAAUAAUAAAUGAAUCAAAAAUAAAACAU